AUGUUAUUCUUGUUUAAAUGUUCUUUCCUUUCUACCUCGGCUCUAGUCAAGCCGAAGACAUCGUUUCCCGUUCGAUCACCAAGUUCGUCUUUUUUCUUUCGAAUUUUUCUUUUUCUCUUCCCCCUUUUCUUUCUUCCUUUUAACAUUUGUUUUGUUUUUUUUUCUUUUUGUAUUAUAUUCUUUUUAUUCUUUGCUGCAUUUCUCUUCCUCUCUUCCUCCUCUUCUUUCUUUCUUUCUUUCUUUCUUUCUUUCUUUCUUUCUCCCCACUACAUAACGCAUGACAUUUCCGUCUAUUUUUUUCAUUCUCUCACCUUCUAUUCAAGUCACAUUCUAUCUUUCUCUCCAUUUAAUUUUUUCUCUUUUUCUCUUUCCCUUUUCCCUCUUUCUUUUGCUUUCUUCUCAUUAUUGUUCUCUCUCUCUCUCUCUCUCUCUCUCUUUCAAUUCUCUUUUUUGUUCUUUAUUUUCUCUAUUUUUCUCUCUUUCCGUUCUCUCACUCUCUCCCUUUUUUCUCCCUCUCUCACACUCUCUCGCACCACCUCUCAUCCUCUAUCUCACAUAGACUCCCUCUCUCCCUCAAUCUCUCCCUCUCUCUCGCUCUCGCACACAUUCUCUCACACACGCACAAACACUCUCUCUCACACACACAUUCUCUCUCACAUACUCUCUAACAUAGACUCCCUCCCUUCCUCAAUCUCUCUCUCUCUCUCUCUCUCACACACAUAG